AUCUAUUGAAACAAACAGAGAAGUACGAGAAUAUUUAAGAAAAAAAAUAAUCAAAAGUUUUAUUCCUAGCUGUGAAAAAUAUGAUCCUUCUAACUUAAAACAAAUAAGUGAAAAGUUGGUUGCACAUUUUGAGGGAAAAGAGAAGCUAGAAAAAGAAUUAAAAGAAAUAAAGAAAUUGUUCGAUCAGGAAGUGAAGAAAGAAUAA